AUGGAGCCUGCUACAUUAAAGUGGACGGCUCCUGCAUGUUUGGAGUCGACUGCUCCCGACGACUUCUCAAUUGCUCGUAAUGGCAGCUCUAGAAGUGCAGCCUUCAGCACAGCUUCAAAUGCGUCAUCGAUGAUUACAGAAACGACUUUCGGGUCCACGUCGGGGGCUGGCGAGUCCCAGGGUGGUGCGGGGGCAGAAACGUCCUCCAAGACAGGAUCGACUACUAGCGGCACGGCUGGUGUCGCCUCGUCCAGCUCCACUGCUUCCAGCACUUCUGGAAGCAGCAGCGCCGCGGCUGGAGACUCGAGCAGCGGCGGCUCCGACAUGAGCGUCGUGUUCGCCAUUAUCGGUGCGGCUAUCGGCGUUAUCGCCGUCGCUGUCAUCUUCCUGACGCUCGUUCGUCGCUCCAAGGCCGCGAGUGAGGACGAAGACGACGAAAUGCCCAACGCUACGCCAGCUUUCGCUAAGAGCCAGGGCCCGCACAGCACGACAGGCUCCGCCAUGCAAUGA